AUGGACAGCGCAGCGGAAUGUGGCUCCCAGAACAUAACACAGAAGGGCCUGAAGAAUGGAGAUUUGGCUAUCUAUUCAAUGUCAAAUGAGUUCACCGCAGCAUCGCGGUUGAUGAACCCCCGCAAACCAGGGCCUCUGAGCAAGGCCAAAGUCAAAGCAAAGAAUGAAACCAAGUGUCAGACUUGUGGGAAGGCUUUUAUUCAGACCUCACAUCUUAAUAGACACAUGAAAACUCAUAGUGGAGAGAAGCCUUAUAUAUGUCAGGAGUGUGGCAAGGCAUUUACUCAGUCGUCAAGCCUCAGUAGACAUGCAAUUAUUCACACUGGAGAGAAACCAUAUAGAUGUAAAGAAUGUGGAAUGGCCUUUGCUGUAGCCUCAAGUCUUAGUGUACAUAGGAGAAUUCACACUGGAGAGAAACCGUGUAUAUGUAAGGAAUGUGGAAAGGCCUUUGCUAGAGCCUCAGGACUUAGUGUACAUAGGAAAAUUCACACUGGAGUGAAACCAUAUAUAUGUAAGGAAUGUGGAAAGGCAUUUGCUAGAGCCUCAGGACUUAGUGUACAUAGGAAAAUUCACACUGGAGAGAAACCGUAUAUAUGUAAGGAAUGUGGGAAGGCCUUUGCUGUAGCCUCAACUCUUGGUGAACAUAGGAAAAUUCACACUGGGGAGAAACCAAAUAUAUGUAAGGAAUGUGGAAAGGCCUUUGCUUGGGCCUCAACAUUUAGAGAACAUAGGAAAAUUCACACUGGAGAGAAACCGCAUAUAUGUAAGGAAUGUGGAAAGGCCUUUGUUAGAGCCUCAAAACUUACUGUACAUAGGAAAAUUCAUACUGGAGAGAAACCGUAUAUAUGUAAGGAAUGUGGGAAAUCCUUUGCUGAAUCCUCAACACUUAGUAUACAUAGGAGAAUUCACACUGGAGAGAAACCGUGUAUAUGUAAGGAAUGUGGAAAGGCCUUUGCUAGAGCCUCAGGACUUAGUGUACAUAGGAAAAUUCACACUGGAGUGAAACCAUAUAUAUGUAAGGAAUGUGGAAAGGCAUUUGCUAGAGCCUCAGGACUUAGUGUACAUAGGAAAAUUCACACUGGAGAGAAACCGUAUAUAUGUAAGGAAUGUGGGAAGGCCUUUGCUGUAGCCUCAACUCUUGGUGAACAUAGGAAAAUUCACACUGGGGAGAAACCAAAUAUAUGUAAGGAAUGUGGAAAGGCCUUUGCUUGGGCCUCAACAUUUAGAGAACAUAGGAAAAUUCACACUGGAGAGAAACCGCAUAUAUGUAAGGAAUGUGGAAAGGCCUUUGCUAGAGCCUCAGGACUUAGUGUACAUAGGAAAAUUCACACUGGAGUGAAACCAUAUAUAUGUAAGGAAUGUGGAAAGACAUUUGCUAGAGCCUCAGGACUUAGUGUACAUAGGAAAAUUCACACUGGAGAGAAACCGUAUAUAUGUAAAGAAUGUGGGAAGGCCUUUGCUGUAGCCUCAACUCUUGGUGAACAUAGGAAAAUUCACACUGGGGAGAAACCAUAUAUAUGUAAGGAAUGUGGAAAGGCCUUUUCUUGGGCCUCAACAUUUAGAGAACAUAGGAAAAUUCACACUGGAGAGAAACCGCAUAUAUGUAAGGAAUGUGGAAAGGCCUUUGUUAGAGCCUCAAAACUUACUGUACAUAGGAAAAUUCACACUGGAUAG